GAGCAUAGUCGUCGAUCUUUGCCUAUAUAAACCUUUCCCUCUUAGAGCUAGCUUCUCACUAGUCACUACUACCUCCAAAGAAUUAAACUUAUCAUAUCAUAUCAUAUACCAAGUACUUGGUUGGUAUAAGUUGUUUUAGUUAUUAUGACGCAUCCAAAUGAGGUAACGGGAAUAAACUACCAAACUCCGACUCCAGAUAUAGAAAUCCCAUUCCCAUACCAAUUCUCACCCAACAUAAACUUACUACACCAAAACAAUCUACAACAAAUUGCAUCAAAUAUGAUUAUGACUAGUUUUCAAAACACUCUAGUUUCAUCUCCGGUUUAUAUGAGCAGUAACUCAACAUCAGAUGAAUCAGAAGAGAUGCAUCAUCAGCAAGGUAAGAUGAUGAUUGACGACAGGAGGCAAAGGAGGAUGAUAUCCAACAGGGAAUCUGCUCGGAGAUCAAGAAUGAGGAAGCAAAGGCACUUAGAUGAGCUUUGGUCACAAGUUAUUCGUCUUCAAAAUGAGAAUAAUAAUUUAAUUGAGAAGCUCAAUCAUGUAUCAGAAAGCCAUGAAACUAUCUUACAGGAAAAUGUUAGACUUAAACAAGAAGCUUCUGAUCUUCGUCAACUCAUUAACGGCAUGCAAUUAGCAACUACUUUUAAUGGUUUGAGAGAUUUGGAAGAUAUUCCUUGUACUACUGCUCAUCUUAGAGCUGAAUCUAAUUCCACCCACUCUAUAACUACUUCUUCUACUGAUUUACUUAUGUAAUAUUAUCUACUCUCUUAUAUAAAUUAUCCUUUUUGUUAA